CACCAGCCCACGCCUUCCUCGCUUACCUCCCUUCUCUCCCCGCUGCGGUUUCUCUUCUUUCGCAGGUCUCAACUUUCUCGCCUCCCCUCCUUGCGCGAUCCGCGUCACGUUUCUUCUUCUCACCGCGCGCGCGCGCUAGCUCGAGUUCCGGCAAUGGCGAGGAGCGGCACGGGGGAGCGCGCGUACCACCAGUACUUCUCGUCCGCGGCGCCGCGCGCGCACGGCUUCACGGCGGGGCGGCGACCGGCAGAGGCAGCGGCAGGCGCGGACGAGUUCGACGAGUCGGACAUCUGGGGGUCGUUCGAUUCGGCGGCAGAGGCCGAGCAGCGGCCUCGAGCGGGCGCGGAGAUACCCCGGCGGCCGGGGCGGAAGACGAAGCCGGCAGCCGCGGCGCACGGGUCGCUGCCGGUGAACAUCCCGGACUGGUCCAAGAUCCUGGGGGACGAGUACCGGGGCGCCGCCGGGCACCACCAAGAGUGGGAGCUCGACGACGCGGAUGACGAGGACAUCGGGGGCGGCGGCGCCUCCGUGGUGGUGCCGCCGCACGAGCUCGCGUGGCGGCGCCGGGCUGCGUCGCUGUCGGUGCACGAGCACGAAGACGGGAUGGGGAUCGGCAGGACGCUCAAGGUCCGGGACGCGGUCUGGAAGAAGACCGGGUUCCAGGCCUGACCUGGCGCGCGCACCCACGAGUCAGGAGUCGUGUCAUUGCUAAUAGCUGUAUUUGUUUUGACAGAGCAGAUGGGGAUAAACUCUUGCGUUGCGUAGUGGCAGUUGCUAGCUAGCUCAGCGUAGUUAAUUAAGUUUGGUGUUUUUGACAGACCUUGGUUAAUUUCCCCUUCGGCGUGGGGAGAAAGAGUGAGGAGUGAUCGUUGUAAUUCGUCGGUCAAUGUUGUGCAGUCUUUUCGAUGACAUCAACGCAGAACGUGCCUUUGAUGAUCUUGUGUUGCCAUUUUAUAUGGGUAAAAUAAAAUGGAUCAAUAAA